AUGGCCAGACGCCUGGGGGCCCCCCUCUGGGUGGCCGUGGGACUGCUGACCUGGGCGGCCCUGGGGCUGCUAGUGGCCGGACACGAGGGUCACGGCGACCUGCACGAGGACCAGCACGAAGACUUCCAUGGCCACGGCCACUCUCAUGAGGAUUUCCAUCAUGGACACAGCCACGCCCACGGCCAUGGCCACACGCACGAGAGCAUCUGGCAUGGGCAUACCCAUGGUCACGACCACGAACAUUUGCAUGAGGAUUUGCAUCAUGACCAUAGCAAAGGCCACUCGCAUGAGAGCCUCUACCACAGAGGACAUGGACAUGACCAUGAGCACAGCCACGGAGGCUAUGGGGAGGUUCCAGGCAACAAGCGGGACCUGGAUACUGUCACUCUCUGGGCCUAUGCACUGGGGGCCACAGUGCUGAUCUCUGCAGCUCCAUUCUUCGUCCUCUUCCUUAUUCCUGUGGAGUCAAACUCCCCCCGGCACCGCUCUCUGCUCCAGAUCUUGCUCAGUUUUGCUUCUGGCGGACUCCUGGGAGAUGCCUUCCUGCACCUCAUUCCUCAUGCCCUGGAACCUCAUUCUCACCACCUUCAGGAGCAGCCGGGACAUGGACACUCCCACAGUGGCCAGGGCCCUAUUUUGUCUGUGGGACUGUGGGUCCUCAGUGGAAUUGUCGCCUUUCUUGUGGUGGAGAAAUUUGUGAGACAUGUGAAAGGAGGACACGGACACAGUCAUGGACAUGGUCACACACACGGAAGUCAUGGACACGGAACACAGGAGCGUUCUGCAAAGGAGAAACAGAACUCCGAGGAAGAAGAGAAGGAAGCAGAGGGGUUGAGGAAGCGGAGAGGAGGGGGCACAGGGCUCAAAGAUGGGCCAGUGAGACCUCGGAAUUCUGAAGAGGAAAAGACAGGCUCAGAUCUCCGCGUAUCCGGGUACCUCAAUCUGGCUGCUGACCUGGCACACAACUUCACAGAUGGUCUGGCCAUCGGUGCUUCAUAUCGAGGGGGUCUGGGAUUGGGGGUCCUGACCACAAUGACUGUCCUGCUACAUGAAGUACCCCACGAAGUUGGCGACUUUGCCAUCUUGGUCCAGUCUGGCUGCAGCAAAAAGCAGGCAAUGUGUCUGCAGCUACUGACGGCAGUAGGGGCGCUGGCAGGCACCGCCUGUGCCCUCUUAACGGAAGGCGGGGCAGUGGGCAGUGAAGUUGCAGGUGGUACAGGUCCUGGCUGGAUUCUGCCAUUCACUGCAGGUGGCUUUAUCUACGUAGCAACGGUGUCCGUGUUGCCUGAGCUGUUGAGGGAGGCUUCGCCAUUGCAGUCACUUCUGGAGGCCUGCUUUUCUCGCCCGCCGUCUGUCGUUGUGUCCUGCGCGGGCAUUACUAGGGAUGAGUUUCUGCUCCACAUGUCUGAGGAUGACUGGGACAAAGUCAUAGCUGUCAACCUCAAGGGUACCUUUCUGGUCACUCAGGCUGCAGCCCAGGCCCUGGUGUCCAGUGGUUGUCGUGGCUCCAUCAUCAACAUCAGCAGCAUCGUAGGGAAGGUGGGGAACCUGGGACAGACCAACUACUCAGCGUCCAAGGCUGGAGUGCUGGGGCUGACCCAGACUGUAGCGCGGGAGCUGGGAAGACACGGGAUCCGCUGUAACUCUGUCCUCCCAGGGUUCAUUACCACGCCCAUGACACAGAAAGUGCCACAGAAAGUGCUGGACAAGGUGACUGGACUGAUCCCGAUGGGACAUUUGGGGGACCCUGAGGACGUGGCAGAUGUGGUCGCAUUCUUGGCAUCUGAUGACAGUGGAUACAUCACCGGGGCCUCAGUGGAAGUCACUGGAGGACUUUUCAUGUAA